AUGGCCCACGGACUCUCUACCCUUCAGCUCAGCGGCGUGGCCCUGAUAGUAUUCUUAGCAUUGCUGGUGCUCAAAAGGCGAACCAAGCAGCUCAAAGUGAGUGUUCCACCUGGACCAAAACCACUGCCGAUUAUUGGGAAUUUCCUUGAUCUCCCAUCCAAAGGUACACCCGAGUAUCUGCACUGGUUUAAACACAAAGAUGCCUAUGGUCCUAUCAGCUCCAUCAACGUUAUGGGGCAGACACUCGUCAUAUUCCACGACCAGGACGCUGCCUACGCUGUCAUGGGCAAAAAAGCCCAAAAGACGGCAGCCCGACCCCAGUUGAAUUUUGCUCAGCUAUGUGGCUUCGAGAACUUCCUCAUCACACAUCAAUAUAACAAAAAAUACCGCCUGCACCGGAAGAUGGUUCAACAGGAGAUUGGAACCAAGGGUGUAUCUGCUGGCUUCCGCCCCAUCCAGGAGCAUGAAUCUAUACAUUUCAUUCUUCAGACCUUCAAACGACCUGACGAUAUCUUGGUCCACUUGAAACUUUUCGCUGCUGCCAUCAUUUUGAAGCUCACCUAUGGCUACACCAUUGAGCGUGAAAGUCGCGACCCAUUAGCCGAGCUGAUUGAGCAUGCCAUGGACAAUUUAUCCUUGGCAUUUGUGCCACUUUCGUGGGCCAUUGAUUCUGUGCCUGCUAUUAAAUAUCUUCCUGACUGGUUCCCUGGUAUGUCUUACAGGAAGACAGCGCAGGAGUGGAAGCUCUUCAACGAGGCCGCUGCCGAUUUGCCAUAUGACUUUGUCAAACGCCAGGUGCAACACAAAGCCCAUAUUCCUUCAUACGUCUCCAACUUGAUCGAGCAGAACAUGCUCAAGUCGGAUACAAAUGAGGUGAUAGUGAGUCCGGAGGAUGAAGAGGCGAUCAAGUGGACCGCCGUCAGUCUUUAUGCCGCAGGCUCUGACAGCUCAGUGGCAAUCAUCGAGAGCGUUAUCUGUGGUCUUGUCAUGUUUCCAGAGGUUGUCAAAAGGGCACAGGAAGAAAUUGAUCGAGUUGUCGGCUCCGAUAGGCUCCCAAACUUUGACGACAGAAUCAACCUGCCUUACGUCGACGGCAUUAUCAAGGAAGCUUGGCGAUGGAAUCCCGUGGGACCGAUGGGCUUAGCACACAAGUCUGAGGAAGAUAUUUUUUAUGGAGAAUAUCUCAUCCCUGCCGGCUCGAUUCUCCUUCCUUCUCUAUGGUGGUUUUUGAACGACCCGAAAGAUUACCCCGAACCGCGAGUUUUCAAGCCAGAGCGAUACAUGGAGCCCUUCAACAAUCCAGACCCCAGUGACAUCGCGUUUGGUUAUGGUCGACGAUCUUGCGCUGGUCGUUUCUUUGCGGAUGCGAGCGUGUACAUCGCGGUGGUUCACCUGCUAGCUGUUUUCGACGUUCGCAAGGCGUUAGACGACCAAGGAAAUGAGAUCCCUGUCACCCUGGAGACCCAUCCGGGUAUGGUCAAUCGUCCUGCCCCAUUCAACUUCAAGGUCGAGCCCCGCAGUCAACGUCACAUUGACCUCCUUCGCCGUAUCGAGUCUGAGCAGCCACCUGAGGCUAGCCACGCGAGCCUUCUCAAACCGAGUCCGAUUAAUGCCAGUCCUGUGUAG